CGAGGUGUCUGUAUAAGGUGUAAAUACUGGGUGGUUGCCCGGCUUACCCUCCUGCGGGCAUGCUAGCGCCAUACCGAUACCUGGAGCAGUGUGUGCCUGCCUCACAUGUGAACGCACUGGCUGCUGUGUGGUUGUAUGGUGUAUUGCGAUUUUUAUGGUGUAGAAUUGUUUUAUGUAAUAUGUGUGUGUAUGACAUGUAUGUGCCGCUCAUGUGUACAGUGCUGUGUGGAGCAUGUGCACCCAGCUGUGCUGUGAAUGUGAGCCAUGCAGGUGAUAUUAACGCAUGUCUCUCUCUCUGUGCCUGUCUGGUGACGGUCUGCCUAGCAGUGUACAUGAAGGUAUUAGUUCUCACAGGCUGGAAUAUCCGGAUAUGUUGCAGCGUCAGCACAUGUUUCUGUAACAUCCUUCACUCUUGGGAUGAUGGUUAUUGUUAUCUAUCAUCCAGAAGGGGGAGACUGUGAGCCUCCCAUCAGACACCAGAUCCACCCCCCUCCUUUAACUCAUGGCAGGGAUGGCAUUGGAGGAAGCCAGCACCCCACUGUGUGGGAUCACUCCAUUGCAACAAAUUCUGGCAUCAGGAACCGGAGCACUUCUCACCUCACUAUUUGUGACCCCUCUCGAUGUUGUGAAGAUCAGGCUGCAGUCCCAGAAGAAACCAUUCUCCAAAGUAAUGUCUGUAAAGUCUCUUCCCUGGGCACCCCCCUUACGCCACCCCAAAUGGCGCUGUUUCCUGUACUGUAAUGGGUUGAUGGACCAUCUUUUUGUGUGUCAACAUGCUGCUGCUUGUAGUACAUGGUAUCGCUCACCCACCCACCUUCAUGGAACACUGGAUGCUUUUGUGAAGAUCACACGACAGGAGGGGUUAACAUCACUUUGGAGUGGCCUCCCCCCAACACUGGUGAUGGCUGUACCUGCAACCAUUAUAUAUUUCACAUGUUAUGAUCAGCUGAGGGAUUUCCUGUGUUAUGGACUAGGAUACAGUGGCAGUCACAUCCCUCUUAUUGCUGGCGCUCUAGCACGAUUGGGAGCAGUAACCGUUAUCAGUCCUCUGGAGUUGAUCCGUACUAAACUGCAGUCGCGCCAGCUCUCAUACAUGGAGUUAGGAGCCUGUCUGCGUUCUGCUGUCUUUCAGGGUGGAUGGUUGUCUCUCUGGAAGGGUUGGGGACCUACUGUGCUGAGAGACGUCCCAUUUUCAGCUUUGUAUUGGUUUAAUUAUGAGCUUGUGAAAAUGAAGCUUAGUAAGUCCUGGGGGACGUCAGAUACCCAGUUUCUGAUCAGCUUUACAUCAGGAGCCGUGUCUGGAGCUGUGGCUGCCAUUCUCACUCUACCGUUUGAUGUGGUAAAAACUCAUAGACAGAUUGAACUUGGAGACUUGGAAAUGGUAGGCUCAUUAAGACGUCCGAGAUCAUCAACAUGGGGGGCUAUGCGGAUCAUCCAAGCAGAAUCUGGAACCCGUGGUCUCUUUGCAGGCUUCAUGCCACGUGUCAUCAAAGUUGCUCCGGCCUGUGCCAUUAUGAUCAGCUCUUAUGAAUUUGGGAAAAAAUUCUUCCAACAACAAAACCAAGAAAAACGUCAAAAUCUAUGAAGUGCAAGAUCCAGAAAGGUUGAACCAAGUUCUAGCUCUCUGUAUCUGGCAUUACUCUGGGGUGUAGUGCAGUGUGCAAUAGUUCUUGGCGGAACCUAGUUCAACAAAAUUCUCUGGUUGAGUUUCUGGGCAACAGGCGGGAAUCCCCCAAACAACAAAACCAGAUUUAGAUAACUAGGAUGCUUGGCUCAACUUUUAAGCACUUAAUAUAGAAGUUGCGAAAACUGACAAGAAAUAAUAGGCCAGUAAACCAAAUCCCAAGAAUAACCUGACCAACUGUAAUCAAGUUGAUGCAGUGUAAUUUUAAAUGAUUCUGACAACACUGCAGCCCUGAACACUAGCUUCUACUCCCUCAAGAAACGUAUAUUAAGUUUUAUACAGUCUUCACAUCCUUGAAUAAUUGCCAGCUAUACACAGGCAUAAGCGGAGGCGAAACCGGAUCCGGGAACAGUGAUGUGGUUUCAAUACCACUGUAAAGUGGCAUUAAGUAGAUAAAACAAAUAUCUAUCUGUAGAGGCAUUAUGCUGCAAGAAAAGGUGAGUAUUCCCAUCACUUUUACCUGUUCAGUGGCUAGUGAAGUUUCAAAUGUGUUUACAGUGAGACCGGUGACACAGUCAAUAAGCUUUCUAUGAAUAAUCCAUUUUUCCUUAAAGGAAGUAGGUCAGUCUUACAAAUUAUGUCAUUGAUAGACUUGCUCUUAAAAAUCUAUAUAAGAUUUUAGUGGUAGGUUUACUUGUUUAUAGCCUGCAUUAUUAAUAUUCAUGCAUAAGGCUUUGUCAACGAACAACAGCUAACUACCUAAUAACAGGAAAUAAUAAACUUAAUUAAAUGUUCCCUUUAUGUGUGCAUAACUUUUAAUAAUGCAUUACAUGACACUGGGAAUAUCCUUAUAUGCAAUGAGAGCCCUUGAAAAUAUCAUUAUCUGAUAUUUUCCUCCUAAAAUAUCUAAUGCGGUCUAGGAUUGGUCUUGUAACUAUAUAGUGUUGGCUAGAGUAGUUGGAAUUCUAGAAAUGGGUCAACAAGUACAAAACUAAAGAUCGGAUCAUACUCUAGCCUACGAUUGGUAAUAUAUACAGUCAGUACUGUACUGAUUGUGUAACCAUAAUGGUUUAGAAUUUUAAUCUUUUUAAGAUGAGGGUAAAAUCUGGCUUGCAUAAAUCUGGCGCUAGAUCAUGUUGCCGGGUCACUAAGAAUCCAAGACCACCACAGCUUGGGACAUUCCGUUGGAUCACAUUUGACCAAGAUGGAGAGUAUAGAGAAUAUUCUAGUGAAAAUGGAGGACCAGAAACAAGUAUGUUUUGACUUGCUCUAGAACCAUGAAAUUGGAAGGUGCAAACAAUUAGGCAGUAGGCUGGAAAGAGAUGAAUCAAAGCACAGACACUGGACUUUCAUUUUAAAAAAUGACAAAGGCAGAGACUGAGAUACCGGACUUCCAAUGUAAUAGCUCGAUUUUAAGCCUUUCUAAUUCUAAGCUCUUUUCCCAGUAGCCUUUCUCCAAAAAAGCCUGAACUCCCAUAUCGAAGAUGGUACUGGAGCAGAAAGCAUGUCUGGAUAUCCUAGAAGUGCCUUUCACCUAUCUAUGUUAGCAGGUUUUCCUCAUCUCUUGCUGACCCUGACGGAAGAUGGCAAAAUUAGGUCAUGGACAGGGGCUAAACUAAGACUCCAUCUCAUAACUGUAAUAGAUGGACUUCAUUAGUUAUGUUUGUUCAUUCACCCUCCUCCUGCCACCUUCUUGUACUGUACUGGUGCAGUCAAAUUUGGAUACAAUUAUGAUCUAUUUCAUAAUAAUAUUUAAAGGUAUAGUCUGUUUUAGAAUCCACUUGCAGUCGUAUUUUUACACAUUCACAGAGAACAGAACAUAUAGGUCAGUGAUGGGGAACCUUUGGCACUCUAGCUGUUGUUGAACUACACAUCCCAGCAUGCCCUGCUACAUGCUGUUUGGCCAUGCUAAAGCUGUAGCAAGGCAUGCUGGGAUGUGUAGUUCAACAACAGCUGACGUGCAAAAGUUCCCCAUCACUGAUAUAGCUAUUAGAAGUAAAUACUACAUACUUGCCUAACAAUCCCCAAGUAUUGUCUCCUGUGUGAUGGUAAAAAAAACAAUUGUCACAGGCAAGCUAAAUUAUUCCAAAUAUUAGCUGCAAUUAACUGUAACUGACAAGGAGGAAUUUUGGGUAUGACAAUAUAGCCUGUCCGUUCACUGUGAAUUAGCAACUGGUUCACAGUGAAUUUAUAGGCUACGUGUUCCAAAAUGGUUGCUACAAAUCUGAUUCCUUGGUAUUGGUCAGCUUACUUGGUGUUAAUAAGUAACACUGCAUGCAUUACACUGGUUAUUGUUAUUUUUUAUCAUUUACCACAAGGAAAACCUCCAUUCUUGAUUUCUAAAUGACAUGGUGCUGCUAUGCAUUGGCUUUAAGCCUGGAAUCUACUGAAUAUGUACUAGUGGUUCUAACUGAAUAUGUACUAGUGGAUCUAAAAUAGAUUGCACCUUUUAAAAUGCGAUGACCUAUGUAUUUCACUGCCAACAUUGCAGGCAUAUCUAAUAUGGAAAGGUCUAAACUGCAGAGCAGUUGUUACAUAAGUUGGCACUUCACUGUGUGGCGAUUCCUGUGGCUAGCGUGGCAUGGGGAUAAAGCAGCAGUGAGCAUUACCAAUGUAUAGCCACCAGGCAACACUAAAUUAAUAACUGCAUUUUAUUUAAUGUAAGGCAGCAGGAGUUAGUCUAUACACAUUGAAUGCAGUCAGUGUGUGGGCUGGACCAAUAGCCUGUCAGUUUAUUAGGAACUGGAGAUGUGCUUUUAAUCAGUGUAGAUGAUGGAUACAUCGCAGCAUAAACCCUAUCUUCUAGGGUAUAUUUUCUGUUGAAUAGUUUGUUUUUAAGAGACGCUGUAGCUAAAUUAGAAGAAAUUGCUCCUUUAUGAAAAAGUACUAGUAAAUCUAGACCCAUGUUGGUAUAACUGAUAUUUUCUUGCUUUUGAGUACAGUUUGAAGAAGUAAUUGUCCUUUGUACUUCUCCUGAACAGAGCACACAACAGUACAUGAAAGUGCAAGUAAAUAAUUUUCCCCUGGCUAAUGGAAAAGAACUAUAUCAAAUACAUUUAAAUAUGUAAUAUAAAUACUUAUGGUAAGAUGGGAGUGACACUGGUUUUAUUUAGGAGCAAAAUUUAUUUUAGCUAUAUAGUUUUUCAUCUUAAUUUAGUCCAGAUGGGUGUUGUACAUGGCCUCCUCUUAGCUGGCAUAUUAACCUGUAAACCACUGUUCUGUUCCACAGGAGUGCGGAUACAAAGAUGUGUUUGUUGGUGUAUAGUGAUAUUAUACACUGAUAAUAAAACUGCACUUGAUGCAUGACGCACACAAUA